AUGGAUUCUUCAGAACUUGGGGUAAAGGUGACGAGCAACAAGGGUAAGAUUGGACUCCAAAGCCAUCGCCUUCAACGCGUCGUAGCCUCCGCGUUCAAACGUGCAAAAUUAGUUCCCAGACAAGAAGAGAGUGAUAGGAUUAGCGGCUUACCGGACCCUCUGCUUCACCACAUCCUCUCUUUUCUUCCCAUAAAAGAAGCCAUAGCCAAGAGCUUGAUCUUGUCCAAGAGGUGGACUCCGCUAGGGCUAGCAAUGCCCGCUCUUGACAUCCACGACUUUGGAUUUUCUAGUCUUCACUCCUUCAUUCAAUUUGUAGAUGCUGUCUUGUUCUUGUCAGAUCCCAACCCCAUAAACAUGUUUCGUCUCAAGUGUCAGAGAUUCCGAGUGCCUUCUAUCAGGAUUAAUCCGUGGAUUAAGUCAAUCAUGAAUCAUAAAGUUCAGCAUCUCGAGCUAUGCUUUGCUGAUUUAAAUUCUUAUCGUCACGUUGAUGUGCCUGCUUGCAUUUUUCAUAGCAGUACCAUUAAGGUUUUAAAGUUGGCUAAGGUUAUGCUGAAUGCUCGAUCUGUUAAUUCGCCUUCACUCAAAGUAUUGCAUCUGGUGAAAGUUCAAUUUUCAAAUCCUGAAUCUGCGGCUAAUAUCCCUAAUGGAUGUUCUCUUCUUGAAGACUUGGUGUUAAAAACUUGGUCUACUCCUAUCGGACAUUUCAGGAUUGGAAGGUUUGAACAUUUUGCGUCGGCAGAAGUUCAACCGUCGUGGAUUCCGUUGACAGCUUUUAGUAAUGUUAGGCUUCUUCGUAUUGAGUUGGAUCUUAUUUUUAAGAGAAGUUUGGUAGAGUCCAUGCUUGAUAUUCCUCAAUGUCUUUCAACCCAUCAUAAGAAAUUUUGUCUGGGUGAGUAUAGAGGGUCGGAAUGUGAGUUUGAACUUGCAACGUUUAUUAUGAAGAACUCAAGUGCUUUGAGAAACAUCUCCAUUUACAGUUCUACAAAGGAAAAUGUAGAUUCGAAACACCAAAUGCUCAGAAGAUUAUCAUCAUGUCCUAGGGGUUCAUUGAAUUGCAGGCUGCUAUUCAAUUAAAUUUCUGAAAAUGUAAAAUGCUUU